AUGAUAUUAGUAGACGGUGAGAAGUAUGCGUGUGUUCAGUGUAUCAGAGGUCAUAGAUCGUCCACUUGUAAGCAUUCACAGAGAGCUUUGGUUCAAGUUAGAAGUCGAGGUAGACCUUCGUUAAAUGCUGGUCAUAGAAUCGCUGUUACGGAAUCACAAUUAGUUUUAUCAAGAGAUGAAGUUACAAUUCAAGAUUCAAAUGGGAAUAUUCAAAAUGGAGGGGCUAAACAAAAACUUAAAGAGAAAUCUAAAUCACCACAACCAGAAUCAUUACCUGUUAAAUCUUGUUGUUCUUCAAAAGUCAAAUCACCAGAGCCACAACCAUCAACAAAAGAAAAGGAAGAUGAGGAAGUCCCUGUACCCAAGAGUUCAUGUUGUAGUUCCAAACCUAAAUCACAAGAAUCAUUAAAUUUACCACCAGUAUCGUCAUCAUCAUCAUCAUUAUCAUCAACAGUGGAUAAACCAACAGAUAGUUCAUCAUGCUCUUCAGCAACCCAUGCAAAUUGUAAUUGUGGUAAGAAUGGUGUUAUAAUGUUAAAAGCUUCAAGAAGACAAUUUGUUGAUGUUAGAAAUGGUGCAAUAGAUUAUGUUGGUCCAUAUAAUGAAUCUUCAUUAAGUAAGUUCAAGAUUGCAAGUUUACAAAAAUCAUUUAAUAGACAUAAACAUUCCAAAAAUUCUUCAUGUUGUUCAUCAAAAUCUGGGAAUUCUAAUAGUAUAAGGAAUAAAUUAAAAUUAUUGAAAACUAUAAAAAUGAAUGAAACUGAUUAUCAAAUACCCAGAGAUCAAUUAAAUGGAUUAAAUUUCCCCUUAGCACCUGCUAAUAUAGCACCAAGACAUGAUCAAUUACAAGAUCAACAACAGCAACAACAUAGUUAUCAAUAUUAUCAACGUCAACCAAAUGAUACGGGACAAUCCAUUUCAAGUACAACUUAUCAAAAAGAUUUAUCCGCCUUGGGACUUCCAAUUGAAUUACCACAAGCUGAACAAAUUCAUCCACAAGAUUCUCAACAAUUUGAUCAAGCUUUAAUAGAAUAUCAACAAUUACAAUUACAACAGCAACAACAACAUAAUCAAACUCAUACACAACAACCCUCCAAUCAAUCAGAACCAAAGUAUUAUGAUGUUGUUCUUUCAUCAGGUUGUGCAACAGAAUGCGGUUGUGGACCAGAUUGUGAAUGCCCAGGUUGUUUAAUCCAUCGUACAAAUGAAGAAUUAAAAGAAUAUGGUAUCCUAGACACAUCACCAGCUUCAACACCAACACCAGAACCUCAACAAUUACCAAGCCUAGACAAUGGAUUAUUCUCAAUGAACCCUAAUACUAAUGGUAAUUUUAAACUAGAACCUUCAAAUUAUGAUUUAAUUAAUCUUGAAACUAUUGAUGAAUUAUUACAAAAUAAUUAUAUGUUUGAUGAUGAAUGUUAUUGUGAAGCUUUGGAAUGCUCUUGCUAUAAUUGUCCGAAACAUGGUAUUGUUGAUGGGAUUAGAACUAGUGAUGGUAAAAGAGUUGCAUUUGGUGAUGAUAGAACUCCAGAUAAUGUUAGUAGUAUUGGGAGUGAGACAUCGGUUGCUAACCAAUGA